AUGGCAAGUCUGACUUAUCAGCUGCUGAAGGCAGUGACAAUUGUGCUCAGCACUGUCCAGUGGAUUGAUGGUUACAGCUUUGAAAACUGCUAUGAAGACCCCCGCUCAAAGGGGAAAGCAUUCAACUGCAUCCAUCGACUGGAAACGAACAUGUCUCUCAUCGUAGGUGACCUGCCAUCCUUUGCCAUAAAUCUGACCAUUUCAAUGAAUGCUGUCCAGCACAUACCCAACAAGAGUUUUAUUCACCUUCCAAAUCUAAGAUACCUUAGAUUGGAUCAUAACUGCUUGACGACCAUAGAUGAACUGGCUUUCAAAAAGUUGUUCCAGCUUAAGAGUCUAAAUUUGUCCUUGAACAACAUAUCAGAACUCAAGCCUUCUUUGUUUGCAGACCUUCACAACCUUACCUUUCUCUCACUGGCAAAUAACAAACUAAAGCAGCUUCCCGUGAGCAUUUUCGGUGGUGUCCUCAGUCUAGACACUUUACUCCUGAGACAAAACUUUCUGACUAAUUUCUCAGUGCUGGCUGAAUCUGUGUCACACCUAAUACAUCUGAAGAAUUUAGAUCUCUGCUUUAACAAUUUUACCAACCUCAGUCACUCAAAUGCUUCAUUACCUGCAUCCCUAACAAUGCUGUAUCUGUGUAGAAAUAAUCUCUCUACCUUAGCUUGUGGGUGGUCAUUUCUCAGGCUGAUCGAGCUGCUAGAUUUAUCAUACAAUCCUCAUCUGCCCUCAAAGGCUUUUCAAGGUGUGGAUUUGAGACAAACACGAUAUCUGCGCUUGCGUUCAACUAAUGUCAGUGUAUCUGUUCUUUUAAAUGUAAGCAAUGUCAAAGCUGGUCAUGUAGAUUUUUCUGGCAUGGGUCUUAAAAGCAACAAACGGCUAACAGAGCUAUGCACACUCUUGAGGAUGAGGGUGCACUGGAUUAAAAAUCUGAGGCUGGGCAGUAAUGGAAUUAAGAAUCUGAAAAGCAACACACUCUCCAACUGUCCUAAAAUCACACAAAGCUUGGAUCUCUCUCGAAACCAGCUGAAAAGCAUAACUUGUCUUAAUUUUCUCAGUGGACAUAAGCACAUACAGAGCUUCAGUGCAGAGCAUAAUCACCUCACCUCCCUCCCGUCUUGUACAGGGAAAAAUAUGCUUUCUUUCAAAAAUGUUACAGAGCUGAGCGUCCGUUACAACCGCAUCCUCUCAGUCAACUCUCAUGCUUUCAAUAUUACACCCAAUAUUAAGACACUAAAACUCAACAUAAACACAAUUGCUUUUCUCCAUCGUGAGGCACUAAAAGGGCUAAAAAAGCUUGAAACGCUCCGCUUGGACAAUAACCUUUUAACAGACUUAUUCAAUGUCACCUUUGAAGAUUUGCAUAAUCUGAAAACCCUUAACCUACGCAACAACCACAUUUCUGUUAUUUUCAAUGGAACGUUUCAAAAUCUCGGAAACCUGACAACCUUAGACCUUGGAGGGAAUAAGAUCACUCAUUUUGAGGCAUCUGGCCUUGAUGGACUUAAAGGUCUGGUCAAACUUUAUCUAGAUGGAAACAACCUCAAACAAAUCAACAGUGCCCGCUAUCAUGUUUUCCAAGACACACUUAAAGUGCUGGAUCUACAAAAGAAUCAGAUUCGCUUUCUCACUGAAGACAGAGAGUCUCCAUUUAUGAAUCUCAGCAAACUCAGUGAUCUUAAAUUGGACUGGCAAAUGCCCUAUGGUAUCACACUUUUACCUCGUGCUUUCUUUCAUGGCCUUUACUCACUGAAAUCUCUGUACCUCAGCAAUAACCGCAUCUCUCAUCUUGCGCCUGAUGCCUUUGAUCAUUUGACGGACUUACGUUUCCUCACACUGGAUAGUUCCUGUGUUGGGGUGGCACAGUUACAGCCGGGAGUCUUUAAAAAUCUGAGGAAACUGAAGACAUUGAUAGUGGAAAACAUGGGCAUUCAGAAUUUCUCAAAGGCAGUUUUUGGUAAUCUUACAGAGUUAGAAAUCUUGCAACUCAACAGCAAUGUGAUGCGCAGCAUUGAUGUAGAUGCACUUGAGGCUCUCCCUAAACUCCAAUACCUUGACCUACGUAAGAUUCCUCUAAGCUGCACCUGUGAGAACAGUAUUCUGCAGAACUGGACACUAAAUAACAAAAGGGUCCAGUUAGUUUAUCUCUACAGUCUGCCAUGCCAAUACGACAAAAAGUUCAAAUUCUACAACUUCGAUACCAAGGUUUGCUACAUAGACCUAGGGCAGUACCUGUUUUUCUCCACAGCUGCUGCCAUCUUUUUAUUCACAGUCAUUCCUUUGCUUUAUGUCAAACUUUACUGGAAAAUGAAGUACGGCUAUUAUGUGUUCCGUUCCUGGUUCAGUGAGCAGUGGCGCAGACUAAGGGAAGAAGAGGAAAAUUGCAAAUAUGAUGCAUUUGUCUCCUAUAACUCCUCUGAUGAACACUGGGUACUAAACCAGCUGCUGCCCAACCUGGAGGGAAAUGGAUCUUCCUUUAGACUUUGCCUCCAUCACAGGGACUUUGAGCUAGGCCGUGAUAUCGUGAGCAACAUUGUUUCUGCUGUGUAUGGCAGCCGCAAAACCAUUUGCGUAGUGAGCAGGAAUUUUCUACAAAGUGAGUGGUGUUCCCUGGAAAUCCAGUUGGCCAGCUACCGACUCUUUGAUGAGCACCGGGAUGUCCUCCUGCUUGUGUUCCUGGAACAAAUUCCCGAGAGGCAACUAUCAUCCUAUCACCGCAUGAGGAAAGUCAUGUUAAAGAAAACUUAUCUGCAGUGGCCUGGAUCAGACUGCACUGACCCGGUCCAGGCCCAAGAUCUGUUUUGGAAUAAGCUACGGAGGGCAUUGAGGAAGGGCAGCAUCGCUGACGAAGAAAAAACAGACAAAAAUGAAGGUUGUGUGGUUGCUGAAGAGACAAAAUGUUUUGCAAAUAAAACAUCUGAUGAGAACUAUUACUUGCUACCUUAA